GCUGCGCUGGUAAACUACAGGAGGUUUUAGAUUCACUGCUUUUAUUCUUUAUAUAUUUGGGGAAUAAAAAUCAGCGUCAUGGGUCCGAAAAAGAAACAAAAUGCGAAGGAGACAACUCCAGCUAAGGGAAAGAGCAAGACGGAAGUCCCUGCACCUCCCAAAGAUGAAACAUGGAGGGCGGAGCUGGAAGGACAAAUCGCACAGCUGCAAAAGGAGCUAGAACGGGAGAGCAAAGAACGUAAUUAUUUCCAGGUCUUAAGAGACAAGAACUACACCUUCUGGGAGAUCAGCAAAAAACAGCUAGAGGAGAAAGAAGCUGAUCUGAGAAAUAGAGACAAGGAAAUGGAAGAAGCUGCUGAAAGACGUCAAGCUGAAAUCAGGACGUACGAUCAGAAGGUGAAAAACCUGCUGUAUGAACAGCAAAUUAUGAUUACUGAGAUCAAGACAGAGGGAAUGAAGGCCACCAAGCUCCUGGAAGAGGAGUAUGCAGAGGUAGAGAAAACACUUGAGAAUGACAAGCUCACCCUAAAAGCUGAUCUGAAAGAACAGGAGCUCUCCUACGAGAAGUUAAUCAAGGACCUGAGACUGAGCCAAGACAAGGAGAUCGCCAAGCUGAAAAAUAAAUUGGAGGCCAAAGCUCGAGAACUCGAGGCUACUUAUGAAAAAAAGUUGCAGGAACAGCAAAAGGCAGAAGACCUCAGGUGCGAGACUGAAAUCCAUGAGAUCAAGCAAAGGAAAAACCUCCAUAUUGAAACGCUGAUGAGGAAUCAUGAGAAGGCGUUCAAUGAUUUUAAGAACUACAACACUGAUAUCGCUCGCACGAACCACAAAGAAAUCGAUUUGCUGAAGGAGCAAAUGGCUGAAAUGAAGGAGAACACUGAGAGGCUGGAGAAGGAGACGGCCACAGUCCUACAACAGAACAAGCAUUUGAUGGAGUCGCUGCAGAAACCUAUGCAAGAAUUGUCAGAGCUGCAGAAACAGCUCAUCAACUAUAAUAAAAUUAAAGCCUCGCUGGUGAGAACAAAUGCAUAUCUCAAAGUGAGAGAGAAAGAGCUGGAGCAAAAGAUACUGGAGAACGAAGUGCUGGAGGAGACUUUCAGUAAGGUGCAGCAGGAGCACGAUGACCUGCAGCAGACCUUUAACAAGGCCAUCCAGGAGGUGCAUCAGAAAAACAGUGUAAAGAACCUUCUUCUGGGAAGUAAAUUAACUGCACUUACUGACACCCUGGAGAAGAAGGAGGAAAAGUGUAAUGCCUCACUCCUGCCACCAAAUUAGAGGCCAGUGCCAGGAACAAGAUCACUCAUGAACUCCAGGCGGAUAACAACAUGCAGAGGACAUAUGAGGCCAAAUUGGAGUCUUACAGCAUCUCUAUGGAUAAACUGCGCUUUAAACAACUAGAAGGGAGCUCAGUGAGAUACUUGACAAGGGCCAGAUUGUGAUAAGUCUGUCGCUAGGAGCUGCGGCUGUGCAGCACAUGUGUGUGCAGCAGCCAUGCAUUCUUAGUACGACCACAACAGUGAGAAAGUUGAAGAGGCAGGCGCUGUCCUUUCAGAAGCAUAAGAGAGAAUCUGACUGGCCCCCCAGUGGGAAUAUUGGAGACACAUUGGCGCUCCUGUGUUCUGAUCUGGCUUGCUGUUGGACCUGAAACAAAACUUCCUAGUGGGACAGGACCUUUCUCAGCUGGUGUAGAUAUUUGUUUCAGGUUUCAGAGUUGAUAACGACAUUCUUGAGAUUUGCAGAGGUGAAGAGAAAGUGGGGGCGGAAGACCACAGCUGCUGGAACAUUGCUGCGGCCCAGUAGUGGC